AUGAUGGUUCCCCGGGCUUUUCUGUUCAGCUCUGUUCCAUCUCCCAAGUUCUCUCGCCAGCAUGGGGAGAAAUCCCCCGUGCCCGAUCCGACUAUGAACUCCUCGGCACAAAACGUCGGCCCUGGCCUGGAUCUUCCCGAUAAGGAGGACCUGUCGCCCACGCAGACGAGACCCGUCGUCAUCCCUCCGAAACGCCCGUCUCGAACGUCCCACACAACCAAUUUGGCCGAAAAGAACCCCAGAACCCCGAGAACUUGCAAAACCACCAGUCGCUCGUCCUCUACUGCUUCACGAGACCGCUCUGUCCCGAAUUCGAUAGCCUCGAUUUUGGAAGCCACUGCCAUCCCCGUCCCUAGACGCCACCGCACCGUUCGAGAAUCUAGAAAGCUUCCUCGUGGCAACCAUGUCCAGGAUUUCAGCAGGAUGCUCAUGGAUGGCGUCAGGUCCAAGGACGACAAUCUGAUGGAAAGUACCGGUAACACCGUGCUCGAUCUGCUCCUGAGUCCUCCAGAGGGCGUCGUGAGUGAUUGUGCCAGUGAAAGUCCGUCGUUCUCGGUCCGUUCCAUGUCUGUCGAGUCAACCCCGUCGCUUGAUCCCGACGGGGAUUCGCCCGGCAGCUUUCCGAUUCCAUCCACCCCCUCCAGCCAACGAAGCCCUCUCGAGAGGAGAUAUCGACGUCUGUCAGUCUCAGAAAACUGCGCGUUCGACCACCCACUUUUAGAGACCGAACUUCCAGAACUAGACUGGGAGGAGCCCGCCAGCCACGCCCCUCCGUUGCCUGAACCGAUUCCUUCCAAGACGCCUACGCAACUCCGGUCUUUUCCGCGGUUAGGCUCUUCUUUCAAGUCUAAUUUGACUGCCUCUCUCCGCGCCAUCAAAUCGGCAGCGCAGUCGGUUUCGACAUUCGCAACGCCGUCUGUCCAACCGGACGAUUUCCUUACGCGAUCUCUGUUUACGAUCACCCCAGAGAUGACAGAUGACCGCCGGCCUCCGCCCAUGAAUGAACCACCGUCUCCAGCUCUCAGACGUUAUCUGAACCCGAUCGUUUCUCCCGCAGAACUCUACGCGUACCACGACUAUCCGAACGAGAAUGUGGACUCCCACGACUGUCCGGUUUCUGUCCAAAUGCAGACGUACCAUCGCUCGGGCAAGAAGCAGGGCAACCGCAAGAGUAGCUUCCACCUUGCUGGCUCCGAAGGCCGCGACCGAAAUUUGCUACCUUUUGACCCAGAAAUCCCUCCCAUGACACGUCCGCGCGAGCCCCGAGAGAACUGCGACUUUUUGCGCAUGGUCGUGCUUGAGAUGAACAUGCGCCGGAGCGGCAAGCUGCGUGACGACAUUCCUACACGGGCGCGGGUCUGGUUACCACCCCGGAAGGGCAUCCAGCACCGGUUUACACCUUACGUGGACGAGGAAGACGAAGAGCGCGUACUAUUGUUCAGCAUGUCUUGGAUUGUAUUAUUAAUCCGGAUAUCGCUCCAAAGUACAUAG